AUGAAGAUGAACAACACUAAAGAAUAUUCAAUUCGGACACCAUCGCUUGGAAAUCUGCCGCCUGGAACUACGGGAACUUGUUGUCCUCCACCUCUAGUGUUUCCACUACUUCCGCUAUCACCACCACCAUCUCCACCACCGUCACCAUCAUCGCCACCACGACUGCCACCACCUUUUCCAGCCUUAUUUCCUCCAGAGCCACCGCUGCCACCACGGUUUGAGCUUCCUCCUCCACUUUUUCCACCGCCUCCACUUCCACGACUUCCUCCACCACUGCUUCCUCCACCUGAAGAACCACCUCGAGAGCCUCCGCCUCCCCCUCCUCCACCUGAAGAACCACCUCCACCGGCAAGCUGCCUACGCACAAAAUCACCCGAAAACGGCAUCGUUUCUACCGUUAAAUGA